ACCCAAUUCAUUCUACACAAAUCAACCUAUCAAUGGCAUCUUCAUCUUCUUCUUUGCAAUCGUGGAAUCAUGAUCUUUUUCUCAGUUUUAGAGGUACAGACACUCGUACCACCUUCGUGGAUCAUCUCUAUUCGGCUCUUGUACAACAAGGAAUCUACACAUACAAGGAUGACCAAACACUUCCCCGGGGCGAAAUCAUCGGUCCAUCCCUUUUGAAGGCUAUUGAAGAAUCACAGAUUGCUGUCAUCGUAUUCUCUGAAAGCUAUGCUGAUUCUUGUUGGUGCUUGCAAGAACUUGCACAUAUUAUGAAAUGCAAGGAUGAGAGAGGUCAAAUUGUUAUGCCCAUUUUCUAUCACAUGGAUCCCUCUGAGCUCCGAAAUCCAAAAAGGAAAUAUGGGGAAGCAUUUGCAAAACACGAGUCUGAGAACAAAAACGUUGAAUUUUGGAGAAAAGCACUUGCGGAUGCAGGGAACCUAUCUGGAUACGUCGCUAAUGGGCCCGAGACUCUAUUCAUUAAACACAUUGUUGACACGAUUUCAAAUAGAUUGUGUGCGCCAAUCUCAAGUGACGAUGAAAACCUAAUUGGAAUAAAGGCUCGCCUGCAAGAUCUGAAAUCUAAGAUGGAAAUGGAAUCAGAUGGUGUACUGAUGGUAGGCAUAUGGGGGCUUGGGGGUGGUGGCAAGACUACUCUUGCAUCUAGUCUUUAUGAUGAAAUCUCUAGCAACUUUGAGGGUUCCUGCUUUCUAAAAGAUGUUCGGGAAGAAUCAAGAAAGCAUGUAUACGUUGAUAAAUGGUAUGUGCAUAGAUGGAAUAUGUUAAUGACUGAAGUCAUUACUAUCACGGAUGUGUUGGGCAUGGAAAAUGGAGAUGGUGUUUUAGAGGUGUCUAAUAAAACUGAGCGUGAUGAAGAGAAAACUAUGAGAGCGAAGGGCAUGUGGCUGACUAACUUCAAAGUUGAACUUGUUCCUGAUAGAAAUCAAGGUGAUGAUGAUUCAAUAUUGAAAGAUGCAACAUACCUUUCAAAUUUUUGGGACGAGGAAUUUCAAAAUCAAAAGACGUUUGAGAUCAUAAGUGAUUCAAAGUCCUCUAUUCAGAUUCAAUGGGACACUCGUAGUAUUCGAUCAGAAUUGUUCGUUGAUAUCUAA